CUAACUAGUUCCUAUUCUGAGAUUGGCCCAAAAUUUCCCAAUCUUCCUCCUCGUCAAAUUCUUUCCGGCCACCAGCUAAUAUACCUUUUCCUCUUUCAAUUCUUUGACCGACUUUCCUUAUUUAAUUCCUAUCUUUCUUUUCAUUUUCUAUUUUAUUCUCUUUCCUUAAUUCUUCUAUCCACAUCGUACCACAUUUUAUAGCAUAAUCUCAUCCUGAUCACAAAUCAGAAUGUUUCCUUCCUUUUUUUUCCACUCUCAAAAACAGAUUUUGAAGUGAAAUUGCGAAGAUCGGGAUAGGAAUUUCUUUGAAGAAUCCGUCCAAGUUCGAGAUGUCACAAACUGAGAGUCAAGGUGUAAACUUUGGCAUCGCUGAGUUAUUACAAGAAGUUCAUCGCUCAGUUGAUUAAAGCUUGUCCUGGAAUCUGGUUUUCUAGUUUUUCUGUAGUGUUCUGCACGUCAUAACCGACUGUGGAGUAGAGUUGUAUGAUACAGAUGGAGGCUAACAUCAGUGGGAGCUCUUCUCCAACCCAUUCAAAAUGGAGAAAAGUUGUUUAUGGUGGGAUGCAACCUGGCUUUGAUGACAAUCACACAGAUGAAUCCUUCCUGGAGGAAAUGAUCAUGAAUGCUAAUGUUGUCAAAAGAGACUUAUUGAAGGUGGUGCUCGAUGCAGUUUCAAUCUCACAAUAUCUUUGCAUUGUUGCCCUUGUGGUUUUAGUUUGGACCUACACCCUCAGAAAUACCUUGAAUGAAAAAUAUCUUUUAUUCUUGAAUGUCAGCCUUCUUGGUUCGGGUUUCUUUAUUCUGCUCUUAACUGCGGACAUGAUACCCUUUAAUCUCCUCCUCAAUUAUCUCCUAAAGAAUACCUUCUUCAUAACUGCCUUAUAUAUGCUGUCUCCUAUCUACCAUACACUCACUAGGUCCAUAAGCUCGAAUUCUAUAUGGGCGCUAACAGCUUCCCUUCUCAUUCUCCAUCUCUUCCUGCACAAUUACUCAGGGUCCACCGUAAAGGCUCCCGGAGCUUUAGAAAAUCCAACCCUGACAAGCAAUAUAUCACUGAACGCUUCCAUCGUGGCUUCACUUUUGAUUUCAUCUCGCCUUCCAUCGAGGCUUCAUGUCUUUGCUAUUGUGCUAUUCUCUUUGCAAGUUUUCCUUUUUGCUCCUUUAGUCACAUAUUGUGUCAAGAAGCGCUCUUUUAAGCUGCAUAUUUGCUUUUCCCUUCAGUUACUGGUUCUAACACUAAUAUUCACUUACCAGUUGCAUAAGCUGCUUUUCAUCUUGCUUCUGGGCAUUUUUGUCUUCGUUAAUUUGGUUUGUCCCUACUGGUUGAUACGGAUUCAAGAGUACAAGUUUGAGAUUAAUGGCCCCUGGGAUGAGGCUAAGCUCUGUUUUAACAUUACAGAAUGAGCAGGUUAUAUUUUUAGGCAUCUCCUUCGUAUUCAAAUCUCCUGGAUACUCUUGGACAUGUAACUUAUAUGUAAGUUUUCAGUUCAUUAAGUUGUCUUUUUUAGAUUAUUGAUUUAACUAGUCAUGUAGCUAUUAGGGGUGUUCUGGUUGGGUUGGCAUGACGUAGAAAUAUUUUGAUUCGUAAUUUUUGGCUUUUGAUUUUAAAAAUGAUAUACCAAUACUGUAUGGAAAUAAAUUCGGUGUGGUUCGACUUUA